UCACAUCAUUAUCAUACGUUCUUGCUUCUGAGUUUGGCAGUGUGUGUUUGUAAAAGGGUGAACUUGAGAUGUAGAUUCACUGAGAGAGCUAAAAUUAAAAAAACCCAAAAAUUUUCCCUCCCCUGAAAGUGGAAAAAACAGUAGCUUUAGCUGCUGAGAUUUGCUUUUGGUCUGGAUAAAUCAAAUUUGCUUGCUACCCACAAAACAAAAUGGAAUUAUCAAUUUUCAAGAAACUGGUAAUUUCUUGAACUGUUCUUGUUUCAUUAUCAUUUUUAUUUUGGGUGGUCUCUGUUUAAAUUGAUUUUUGGUUGGUCCACUUUUUCUUUUCUUAUCAAAUAGUGUAGCAAUCUAGUGGGAUGUCUGGUUGUUGCGACAAUAUAUUUUCUUUACCUCAAUAAUCUUGAAUCUAUUCCAUUCCUUUAUUUCUCUCUCCUCUUUAAUCUUUGAUCGUCUGAGAAACUUCCUAGUUCUAUCUCAUCUUUUAUUUGAUUUACUUUCUUUCUCUUCCCUUCUCACUUCCUUCCUAUGAACUAGAACAACCAAGUUGUUCUUUGUUUUCACAUUGAAGUGGAUAGCUUGUCCUUGUUUGAGAUCAACUCAGCAACUUAGUGACCUUGUCUGAGUGAAGCUUGAGAAGGGUGUCUGUAGUUCUUAAUUUAUGGGUUUACGAGAUCUUUGAAGCUUACGAGCUUAAAUUUUGUAAAGGGUUGUCUUCCAGCAUGGAAGAUUUUGUUUAAAUGAGAGAUUUCUUGCCUACUGUCGUCAAAGAAACAGCUUAAAUUAGGUAGAUUUUGUUGCAAAAAGGGACAAAAACAGAUGGUGUCGAGGUCAUAUUCUAAUCUUUUGGAGCUUGCCUCUGGGGAGUCUCCAUCGUUUGGCCGUAUGACUCGGCGAAUCCCUCGGAUUAUGACGGUGGCUGGCAUAAUUUCGGACCUAGAUGAUGACCCGUCGGCGAGUGUGUGCUCUGACCCAUCAUCUUCUUCAAUCCAGAAAGACAGAAUAAUUAUUGUAGCCAAUCAGCUACCAAUAAGGGCACAGCGAAAAUCAGAUGGUAGCAAGUCUUGGAUUUUCACCUGGGAUGAGAAUUCUCUGCUCCUCCAGUUGAAAGAUGGAUUAGGAGAUGAUGAUAUUGAAGUUAUUUAUGUUGGUUGUUUGAGAGAAGACAUUCACCCUAGUGAACAAGAUGAGGUCUCGCAGAUUCUUUUGGAGACCUUCAAAUGCGUGCCUACAUUUCUUCCCCCAGAUCUUUUCAGCAGGUACUAUCAUGGUUUCUGUAAGCAACAGUUGUGGCCUUUGUUUCAUUAUAUGUUGCCUUUGUCUCCUGAGCUUGGUGGUAGGUUUAAUCGGUCACUUUGGCAAGCAUAUGUUUCAGCAAAUAAGAUUUUUGCUGAUAGAAUCAUGGAGGUGAUUAACCCAGAAGAUGAUUUUGUAUGGGUGCAUGAUUAUCAUCUUAUGGUGCUGCCAACUUUUCUUAGGAAGAGGUUUAAUAGGGUGAAAUUAGGGUUUUUCCUCCAUAGUCCCUUUCCUUCAUCAGAGAUUUAUAAGACAUUGCCUAUUAGAGAAGAGCUUCUGCGAGCCCUUUUAAAUUCAGAUUUGAUUGGGUUUCAUACUUUUGACUAUGCUAGGCAUUUUUUGUCUUGCUGUAGUAGAAUGCUUGGUCUUACCUAUGAAUCCAGGAGAGGGUACAUAGGCCUUGAUUAUUGUGGUAGGACUGUGAGCAUCAAAAUUCUGCCUGUUGGUAUUCAUAUGGGUCAGCUUCAGUCGGUGUUGAGACUUCCAGAGACUGAAACAAAGGUAAUGAAGCUCAUUAAGCAAUUCGGUGAUCGGGGCCGGAUAAUGUUGCUAGGGGUUGAUGACAUGGACAUAUUCAAAGGUAUAAGUUUGAAGUUGUUGGCAAUGGAACAGUUGCUUGUGCAGCAUCCGGAGUGGCGAGGCAAGGUGGUGUUGGUGCAGAUAGCAAAUCCUGCAAGGGGCAGAGGGAAAGAUGUGAAAGAAGUCCAGGCAGAGACUUACUCCACUGUGAAGCGGAUCAAUGAAAUGUUCGGGAAGCCUGGAUAUGAUCCUGUAGUCUUAAUCGAUGCACCACUGAAGUUUUAUGAAAAAGUGGCAUAUUAUGUUGUUGCUGAGUGCUGUUUGGUCACUGCUGUAAGGGAUGGAAUGAAUCUCAUACCUUAUGAAUACAUUAUCAGUCGCCAAGGAAAUGAGCAAUUGGAUAAGGUGUUGAGGCUAGAAGCCUGUACUCCAAAGAAGAGCAUGUUAGUUAUUUCUGAGUUUAUCGGUUGUUCACCAUCUUUGAGUGGAGCAAUUCGAGUGAAUCCCUGGAAUAUUGAUGCAGUGGCUGAUGCAAUGGACUAUGCCCUGGAGAUGGCUGAGCCAGAAAAACAACUUCGACAUGACAAGCAUUAUAAAUAUGUUAGUACUCAUGAUGUUGGUUAUUGGGCACGCAGUUUCCUUCAGGACUUGGAGAGGACAUGUCGUGAUCAUGCAAGGAGGAGAUGCUGGGGUAUUGGAUUCGGAUUAAGCUUCAGAGUUGUGGCACUAGAUCCAAACUUUAGAAAGCUUUCGAUGGAGCACAUUGUAUCGGCUUACAAGAGGACCACAACUAGGGCAAUUCUUCUAGAUUAUGAUGGUACACUAAUGCCUCAGGCUUCAAUUGAUAAGAGCCCAUCUCCUAAGUCAAUUGACAUCCUAAAUAGCUUGUGCAGAGAUAAGAACAACAUGGUUUUCCUUGUUAGUGCGAGAAGCCGCAAGACACUCACUGAAUGGUUUUCUCAAUGUGAGAAGCUAGGAUUAGCUGCAGAGCAUGGGUACUUCCGAAGGUUGACAAGAGAUGCAGAAUGGGAAACAUGUGUGCCUGUAACAGACACUGCUUGGAAGCAGAUUGCAGAACCUGUGAUGCAUCUUUAUACCGAAACAACUGAUGGGUCCACCAUUGAGGAUAAGGAAACUGCUGUAGUAUGGUGUUAUGAGGAUGCAGAUCCUGAUUUUGGUUCGUGCCAAGCUAAAGAACUUCUUGACCAUCUUGAAAGUGUUUUGGCCAAUGAACCUGUAACAGUCAAAAGUGGACAAAAUACAGUGGAGGUUAAACCUCAGGGUGUAAGCAAAGGGCUUGUGGCUAAACGCCUACUCUCCACAAUGCAAGAAAAGGGAAUGUCGCCGGAUUUUGUUUUGUGCAUCGGAGAUGACCGGUCGGACGAAGAUAUGUUUGAGGUAAUCACCAGUUCCAUGGCAGGUCCUUCAAUUGCUCCAAGGGCAGAAGUGUUCGCAUGUACAGUUGGUCGAAAACCCAGCAAGGCAAAAUAUUAUCUUGAUGAUACAGCAGAAAUUGUUAGAUUGAUGCAAGGUUUGGCUUCAGUUUCAGAACAAACAGUGAACAACGUAAGCUGAGUGAAAGAUGCACUUUCCUUGUUUUGUCUGUUAAGUGUAAGCAUGCAAGUUACACGGUUUCUCUCUUUUCCUGGUUUUGUUUCUUGUAUAAAUUAUUAUAGCCAACUUAAAGAGAAAGUGUGGAAGCGGAAACACUUACUUUUGUGGUUGAUUUCUUUGUAGUGAAGUUGUAAAUAUAUGUUUGGGCAGUGAAUCUGAGCUUGUUGAACUCCAUUUUAUUUUUA